AUGGGAAUACGUUCCAACACCCGGGUACUUCGGCAGCCCGUACGCCACGCGAUCUAUCUCAACGUACUUCAGACUAGAAUCGAGCGAACAAUUAGACCUAGCCCCAAUUCUCUCAGAUUCAUUCAGCUAUCUGAAUGGGAAGAAGGAAGAGCCUACCAGGAGGACCCGCCAACCUGUAUCCACUACCGAAUAGAGUGGCGAGUAACAAUCAACAAUCGGGAGGUGUCGCAGGACACGGAAGAAGACCUUACGUUGGCCCCAAGCUCCUUCUGGCAAUUAUCCCUAGAGAAAAAGCUCGAGAAAGUUCUUCGACGGAAGACUAGCCGCCACCGUCGGGUGACAGCUGAUAAUACUAUCAUCACCGUGUUAACAAGUGAUCGUACCAAACGCAAACUGACGAAACGAUUUGACGAUACCGACAUCAUUUGGACCGCUAUCGAGAAACAGCUUGUGAUGUGGUCUGAUGUUUUGUUCCAGGGUAAGGAGCUCACACUAAAGAUCAGUUUCAACUACAUAGACGAUCGUCACUCUUCCCCAACCUCUAGUAGGAAAGGAGAGAAAAGAGGAAAGUCAUCUGUUACAAAACGGAUGCUCAACGAACGAGAUGCACAACUUAAUACAGAGGAAAAUACUUCUGGCGAGAAGCCAAUCUGGCGUAGCGUGGACCCAAUAGGGAAAAAACACUAUCCACUCAAAUCCUAUCAUAUAAAACGUCUUAUCGCCCACGUUAAGAAGGGAGGGGUUCUGGAAGGUCAUAAAGAUGUGCCCGAAGCCGUACGCGACGAAUUAUACAGGGAGGAGCAAGAGAGGCUCAGCAAAGGCAAGCGCAAAGGAGGCCACGUCGAUGGGUCUAGAGCACCAUAUCCUCCCAUUAAUAUUAAUGUCCUGCCCUCACAGUCUACCAUCCAUGGGAUAGAUGUUUCUACUUCUAAAGCGGCGGUUGACUUGACGGCUCUGAGCCCCCUUGAGAUCCCGGGUGCCACAGACAUAGCCGUCGAGGAGUAUACUGAAUGGCUAGUGUCGACUGUCGAAAGGGAUACCCUCAAAGCCGCAUUCCGACAAACGUGUGAGGUGAUGCUCGAGAACGGCCUUGAUCUCGAGCAAGUGUACAAGGACCAAGACCCAAAUUUUUUCAUCGAGAGAGGAAUAAAAAUAGGCAUCGCACGUCGAUUUGUAGAGAAUAUCGCAAAGUGGGUCAAGGAGGUGAAGAAAGCGGUGCCUAUUUAUGAGAUUCUUUAG